AUGGUUGCCACAGCGGCUCAAAAGUUAUGUUUUUUCAAGCUCUUUCCUAUAAUAUUUCAUGAUAUAGUUGAUCUUUUACCUUCAUUUAUAGUGUAUAAAGUAUUACGAGAAAUACUUAACCUUACACUGUCAUAUCCAUUUCGAAAAAAAUGGCUACAUGUACUCGGUGAAUUAUGUGAUACUUUUCAUGAAACAAUGCCAAGUCAUUUUCCAGAUAAAAUAACACCAAAGGAACAUUUUAUUCGAGAAUACAAAUAUACGAUUAAUGAUUUUGGUCCAGCAGUUAGACAAUGGUGUUUUAGAUAUGAAGCUAACCAUUCAUAUGUCAAGAAAAUAACAGUUCGAACGAACAAUUUCAAAAACAUUCCGAAGAUGUUUGUCACACGUUAUCAUUUAAAACAAUGUUUAACAUUUGGUCAUUUAUCUCGAUUACAAUCAACUCAAUAUCCAGUUGGAAUUAAAAAAGUUCGAAGUACUUGUUUUGAUUUACCAAUGAAAGAUAUUUUAUUGAAACAUUUCGAUCAUAUUGAUUUUGAUAAAGAUUUAUAUCAAUGCAAUACACUAAUUUAUGAUAAUGUUGAAUAUCGUCGAUGUGGAGUGUAUGUUAUAGAUUUAAAGCCAUCUCAUGAACAGCCAAUAUUUGCUCAAAUUACUAUGAUUAUAAAAAAGAAUGAAAAAUGGUGGUUAUUAGUUGAUAACCUUCAUACAAUUGGUUAUGAUGGAAAAUUAUCUGCAUGGCAAAUACAAUCUUUAAAGCAUGAUGUAGAUGGACCAAUGCUCAAAAUGAUGAAUAAUGUUGAACGAAUAUCACAAUUAAUACCGAAAUUCAAACAGCAGUUAAUUUUCUUAGAAGAACGUGAGAAAUUAUUUCGAAGAAUUGAUGAUGGUUCAAUUUCAUCUGAUGAUUCAUUUUCUAAUACAUCUACAAUAUCUAAAACACCAAAUUUUACUUUACCAAAUGCUCAAACAUCACCUGCUGUUUCAGUUAAUUCACGAUCACCAUCGUCGACUUAUUUAUCAAGCAUUAAUCUUUCAUCAACAAUGUCUAUGGAUUAUUCACCAACUGAUCAAGCUGUUACUGAUGCAGGUGUACCUUCAUCUUUUCUAGAUGUAUAUGAAGUACCAAUAUUACCAAAAGCUUUGUUGAAAGAUAUUGAAGCUGGAAAUCUGAAAACUUUUGGUUCACAUUGUCAAGGUCGACAAAUACUAAUCGAUGCAGUAGUUCAUGAUCUCAUUGAAAAUUAUAAUUUGCUUCCUAAAUUGAACGAUCAACAUAAAACGAUUGUUAUCCUUCCAAAAACACAAUAUAAUGUCGUUGGUUCUGCUCUUGUACGAUGUUUGAAAUUACCUUCAACACCAGAAAAUCUAGCAAUAUGGAAAGAUGCAUUACAAACUAAAUUAAAACUAACACGUGCUGAUCAUCCAAAUAACAGUCUUGUUCAAGAAUUCCGAUUAAAAUAUUCAAAAUUGGGAUCUGGACGUCCAGUGAAACAAAAAAUUGGUGAAAUUGCUGAACGUGAUAGACAUAAACAAAUGGUAAUAAUGCCUUAUAACAAUGAAAUAUCUGAUGAUAUUCAAUCAAAAGUGAAACAAUUACAAAAUUUUUCUCAACUGGAUGUUAAUACUCAAUUACGUUUAUGGAAAGAAACAUUUGUCUUUCGUCGACAAGUCGUGCAAGAUCAAUCAACAAGUGAUAUUAUGAAGAAUUUUCCUGCUUAUAGUGAUGCUUUCUUGGUCUUCGAAGAAGUAAAAAUGUUGGUGAAUAUUGACUUAAGUAAAGAAGUUCGACGACAAGUUCAUAUUUUACUAGAUAAAUUAGUCGAAACUCCUGCAUUCAUUGCCGAUUCACCUCCGAUUCGAUUAAUUAAAAUCUUCUGUCGAAAGUUCGGUGAGACUGUUCAACAUAUAUUCUGCGAAAAGAAACCACCAACACCAUAUCCAACAUUGGUUUCGAUUGAUGACGUCAUUCAUAUUUAUGUUGACUUCCAUCCAAUACUUUCAACAAGUUCACCCGAUGAUGCUCUUGGUCUUCUUAUCGGAAUGUAUUUUAUUUUUGAAUUAUCCUUUGAUAAAAAGAGUAGAACCAUUCGAUUUUUAUAUUGUGUUUUACAUUGUGAUAAACAAUUUCUGUCUAAUUCUAUUCGAGUACUGAUAAAGGAGAAGAAUAUUGAUAUUCAUCGAGAACGUCUUCAACCGACAUCUAUUUCGUCCUCUUCUAUCUCGAACAAUACGACAACACUUAUUAGUGAAUCUCGAAAUCAAUUGCAAAUUGUUACAAAUUUAUUGGAUCAUUCAACUGGUGAACGUAAUUCUUCUAUUAUUAAUCAAACAACAGAACCAACGACUUCAACUCAUGGUUCUCAUUCAAGUGUAGAUAUGGCUUCUAAUACAAAUCAAUUCAACCAUAACAACGAGAACGUGUUGCCAUCUGAUUGUAGUUCUCAACCUCAAACAAGAAAGAAACAAAAACGUAAACAAAAUUUAAAUGAAGAAGAACAGGAUGACACAUUAAUGAACGAUGCUCCACAAGAUAAUGUUGAAUCUUCUCAAAGUCGUCUUCUACUUACUAUUAUGACAAAUUCUACUGUUGCAUUACUACAAACAAAACGUAAACGACGAACUUAA